UGUCAGGGCCUAAAAUCUCAGAAGCUGUGAAUGUAGAGAUCAUACAGAGGGGAAGUAGGUUAGAGAGUAAGACUGGGAAUCAGUCAGAGUGCAAAGAUGCGUUGCUUUAGGCCUCAGAGCAGCAAGAGAACGGAUGAAGUGGAUAAGACAACAGCAGUGGUGGAGAAACGUCAAGCCACUCAAAGUCAGCAAGUCAGCAGAGAUGUCAGGGAAGGUGGGGAGACUGGAGCUAUGCAGGGCUCCAAAUAUCAACUCAGCAGGAUCAUGCGGCCAGAUGAUGCCAACAUCGUGGGUAACGUCCACGGCGGCAUCAUCCUCAAGAUGAUCGAGGAGGCUGGAUGCAUCGUCGGCACGCGACACUGCAACACACAGAACGGGGACCGCUGUUUGGCAGCUCUGGUCCGGGUGGAGAAGACAGAGUUCCUUUCCCCUGUGUUCAUCGGUGAGGUCGCCCACGUCACUGCUGAGAUCACUUACACCUCCAAGCACUCACUGGAGGUGCAGGUCAAAGUCAUGGCUGAGAACAUCCUCACAGGUGCCAAAAAACUGGCCAACAAGGCAGCGCUGUGGUACGUCCCCUGCUCUCUGCAGAAUGUCGACAAGAUUACGGAGGUGCCGCCCAUCAAGUAUGCCAGUGCGGAGCAAGAGGAGGAGGGCAGGAAGCGCUACGAAGCUCAGAAGAUGGAGAGACUGGAGACCAAAGCAAGGAUUGAAGAGGUGGUGUCACCUGCACCCAACCCAGAGGAUUCACCAAAAGAACAGCACACUGUUGGUUUCAGCCAGUCUAGUCUGAUCCAUCUGGUGGGCCCUUCUGACUGCACACUACAUGACUAUGUUCAUGGAGGUGUGACCAUGAAGCUGAUGGAUGAGGUCGCUGGCAUCGUGGCAGCUCGGCACUGCAACACCAACGUUGUCACUGCCUCUGUAGAUGCCAUAAACUUCCAUCGUAAGAUCAAGAAAGGCUGUGUGGUGACGGUGACAGGGCGGCUCACAUUUGUGAGUAACAAGUCAAUGGAAAUCGAAGUGUUGGUAGAUGCUACCUCACUGGUGGAGGCAGAAAAAGGGAAGUAUCGUGCUGUCUCUGCCUUCUUCACCUUCAUCUCCUUGGACAAGGACAAUAAGCCACUCCCUGUUCCUCCACUUAAGAUUGACGGAGAGGAGGAGCAGAGACGUUUUGAAGAGGGCAAAGCACGUUACCUCCAGAAUAAAGCAAAGAGACUCGCAGAUAAGGAGCGCCAGCAGUGACGCCUCUGCUCGACAGAAUUUCCCGCGUGCGACAGUAGUAUAUCAACCCCACACAACACACAUGCAGUAUGAAGGAAAUAACAACUCUCUCUCCUGUUCUGUAAUUGUAGCCUCCUGUUAAACCUAAACCUGUGAUUAUUUUUUUCCUGUGCUACGUACCAAAGUGUCCACAUAUAGCUGUAUAUGUAUGUAAAAGUGAGAGUACAUAUUUUGAUUUGGGGAUAUUUUUAUUGAUGUAUGAAGACUAUUCAUGACCAUGAUUCUGUCAGUGCAAAGUCUGACUGUAUGUAGAAGUAAGAGCGCUACGUUGUUUUAAGAAGAUUUUUAAGUAUGAAGACUUCAUGAUUGGUGUCAGUGCAAAGUGAUGCAAAGUCUGAUGCCAAGGAAAAUGAUGAAUAAGUGAGUGAAUAAUAAUGAAUAAAAGAUCCAAGCGUGA